CCGGGCCGUGCGGUGCCGAGCCGUGCCGAGCCGAGCCGAUCGCAGCGGCCAUGGGCGUGCGGGGCUGCCUGCGGGCGGUGAGCAGCUACUCCAGCCCGCAGGUGGUGGUGGUGCGGAACGGGCACCUUGGCACCGCGUACCGGGCGCUGCAGCUCCUGGUCCUGCUCUACUUCACUGGGUAUGUGUUCAUCAUUCAGAAGGGCUACCAGGAGAGGGAAAUGGGCCCAGAGAGCUCCGUCAUCACCAAGGUCAAGGGUGUGACACAGUCACCAAGCAAGGUCUGGGAUGUUGGGGAGUAUGUGGCCCCCCCUGAGGGCGGGAGCACCUUCAGCAUCCUCACGCGGGUGGACGUCAGCCCUGCCCAGGCCAUGGAGACCUGUCCCGAGGGGCGAGCGGUUGCCAAUGCCACGUGCAGCUCUGACCAGGACUGCGUCCCCAGGGACACACACACGUCUGGCCACGGGGAGAGGACGGGGCGCUGCGUGCCCCAGGCCGGUGGCACCGGGAAGAGCUGUGAGGUCCUGGCUUGGUGCCCAGUCGAUGGAGGCAGCAUCAGUGAGUCCCUGGCAGAGAUGGCAUCACAAUUCACCGUCCUCAUCAAGAACAACAUCCACUUCCCCCGCUUUGGCUUCUCCAAGGGCAACAUUCAGGCAUCUGAGAGUGGCUACCUGAAGAGCUGCAUGUUCAACACCACCUCUGCCCUUUACUGCCCCAUCUUCAAGCUGGGCUUCCUUGUGGAGCAGGCGGGCGAGGACUUCGCAGAGCUGGCUGAGAAGGGUGGGGUGAUCGGUGUGAUCAUCAGCUGGAACUGCAACUUGGACCUGCCCGACGCCGAGUGCAACCCCCACUACUCCUUCCGCCGCCUCGACCCCAAAGGGGCUUUGGCUUCCCAAGGCUACAACUACAGGUUUGCCAAGUACUACAACUGGAAUGGGACUCGCUCGCGAGUGUUGAUCAAGGCCUAUGGGAUCCGUGUGGAUGUGAUUGUGCAUGGCCAGGCAGGAAAGUUCAGCCUGAUCCCCACCAUCAUCACCCUAGCCACAGCGCUCACCUCGGUGGGACUGGGCUCCUUCGUCUGUGACUGGAUCCUGCUGUGCUGCAUGGACAAGGAGCAGCGGUACAGCAGCAGGAAAUUUGAGCAGGUCCCACCGCAGGUAGGAUAACUCGUGCUCAGCACAAGACCAUCCAGCCCCCCUCAGCUCUGAGCGACUUGCUUGCCUGUGUGGAGCUGUGCCCAUGGAUGGGUGGGAUGUGCCCUACAGCCACAUGCCACCGCUGCCAGCCCCUGUGAGCCACGAGCCCACCUGCGUGUGACAGUUGUGACCACGAGCAGGACCCAGCAGUGCUGCUGCAGCUUGGAGUCACAGCCGGGCUGCUCACUGCAGGCAAAUCCUGGCAUGGGGGGGGGGGUCCCAGGGCUGGGCACAGCUUAAGCUGGGGCAGCACCAUGGUGCACUGGGGGCUCCAGCUGCUGCCCUUCCCAGCCCCUGCCUGCAGGCACUCUCGGGCCCAUCCUAGCCACCAUCUUCCUCCUGGCAGGGCCUGCUUGUGCUCUGAGCCCCACAAAGCUGCUGCUGCUCCGCCUGCACCACAGAGGGGGUGAGCCUUGCCCUGGGAUAGCAGCCAGUGCCCAAUAAA